CACAGAACAAGAUAGACGCGGCCCAUGCGGCAGCCUCAGCGGGCCAGGUGGCCAAGCUGGAGUCGGCGCUGGGGGCGGGCCGCGCCAGCCAGGGCGGCGGCGCCGGGGCGCGGCUACCGCUGGCCAUGUGCAAGGACCGCGCCGGCACCGGACUGCUGCACAAGGCCGUGUUCCGUGGCCAGCGGGGCGUCGUUGACUGGCUGCUGGACAACCAGCCCAACACCGUGCACCUCAAGGAUCGGGAGGGGCGUACGCCGCUGCACUACUGCGGAGCGUGCGAGGACCAGGACGCCAUGUGGCAGCGCCUCGUGGACGCCGGCGCCGACGUGGGCGCCAAGGACAACCGCGGGCGCACGGCCGACUACUACCUGGAGAAGCCCGACGAGCUGCGGCUGCCCACGUCCCCGCAGCACCCCGCCGAGUCCCGGGGCAGGGCGGCCGACACUGGCCUGGUGGUCAAGCCGGCUAACAUUCGCAUCUGGAUCCACGACCGAGACAUGGGCAAGCUGCAGCAGCUGCUGUGGGAGGGUCACGGUGCCCGGCUACGAAACGAGACCAGCAAGUACCCCAUCGUCAAGCGCUUCCUCGAGGGCGUGCCUUUCGUCAUGGGCGCCGUGAAGGACGUGCACACGGCCGCCAUCGCCGGCGACCUCGAGACGUUCCAGAAACGCACCGAGGAGCCCGUGCCCAGAGAAAUCUUCACGAGCAAGGACGCCAACGGCCUCACACCUUUGCACAAGGCCGCGGGCCUCGGACACGGCCACAUCGUGGACGACAUCCUGGCCCGGGCUCCGGGCGCCGUCUCCGUGUGCGACGCCGAGCGGCGGACCGCCCUGCACUUCGCCGCCCUCGUCCGGGACGGCGGCGAGGUCUACAACAAGCUCGUCCGCGCUGGCGCCGACGAGCUCGCCCAGGACAACAUGGGUCGCACCCCGGAGCACUACAAGAGCAAGCCGGCCGACCUCGACGCCGGCCUGCUCAGAGUCGUCCCGGACGCGCCCAGGACAUCGGCGGCCUACCCACCGAACUGGGACUGGAGCGUCAUCACCGACCCAGCCGCCAGGGUGUUUAACGGCCGAAGAAGUUACGAAAAUGGUGACAGCGAAAGCGCCAGCUCAAGAGACAACGAGGACGUCGUCGCGCCCACGCAGCGGGCCGGCGAGGACGGCCAGGGUGCCGUCGGGGAGGGGGGAGACGGGGACGGGGACAGCGAAGCAUCCCCACAACCCGCCGGCGACGCUUCGGGGGGCCAGGAGGGUGCUAGUCUUAGGGACGGCGAUGCGGACGCCGCCGAGAACGAUGAGUCGGCCGAGGGCGGUGACCCUCCUGGGCCGCCCCAGAAUGACGUCGACGGUGACGUUGGGGAGGAGGAAAGCUCCGAGCAACCAGAGCAAGGGGACGCUGAUGACGAAGUGGGGGCUGACGAGGUUGCCCCCACAGACAGUGUCCCCACAGAAGGAGCCCCCUCCGGGGCCGCCCCUUCCGGGGACGCCCCCGCCGAGGAUGCUUCCAACGAAGAAGCUCCCCCCGAAGGAGCUCCCGACCAGAAUGCCGCUACCGAGGUCUCCGCCAACGAGAUCCCCGUCGCGGACGCCUCCACGGGAGACAUCCCCGACGACGAGGCCCGCACCGAGGAGGCCUCUACCGUAGAGGCCUCCACACCGGCCGAGGUUAGCGAGGACAGAUGUACAACUGAGGACGGUGAUGGACAGGACGCGGAAGCUGAGGAUGGUGGUGUCGAGGUCGGAGGUGCAGAAGACGGCGAGGUAGAAGACGGCGAGGUAGAGGACGGCGAUGCAGGAGCCAGCAAUGCAGAGGGCGGCGAUGCACAGGGCAGCGAUGCAGAGGGUGGCGAUGCAGAGGGUGGCGAUGUAGAGGGCGGUGAUGCAGGGGGCGGAGAUGCAGAGGGCGGCGAUGCAGAGGGCGGUGAUGCAGAGGGCGGCGAUGCAGGCGGCGACGCAGGGGGCAGCGGUGGCGAGGAUGGCAUUGGAAAUGAAGAUGGUGUCGGGGAUGGUGGUGUUCAGGAGGUCAGCGGUGGAGGAGACAGCGUCAAAGGGGACGGCAUCGAGCAGGACGGCAUCGAGCAGGACGGCAUCGAGCAGGACGGCACAGAAGCGGGUGCUGACGAAGAGGGUCGCAUCGAAGGUGACGGUGUCGAAGGGGAAGUUAGUGAAGAGAAUAAAGAGGCCGAGGAGAUGGAUGAUGACCAGAAAGACGUUAUUUCCAAACCCGAACAGAAGAGUCAAACUGAGGACGGUGAUGGUGCGAAGGAGGAGGAAGAAGAAAAGACUGAAGAAGGAGAAGAUAGAGACGCGAAACUACAGAAAGAUGAUGAAAAGGACAGAGACAAUGACGACGCAGAUCAAGGCGGUGCAAACGCAAACGAAGGUACAGGCCUAGACGAAGAAGGUGAACGACAAGCUGAUAAUGAAGAGGGUGGUGGAGACGCACAACCAGACGGUGAAAAUAGUGAAGACAAAGGCGAGGGCAGAGGCCAGGAGGAGGUGAACGAAGAACUGACGCAAGCUGACUCGGGCCAGGAGCAGGUUGAGGAUGCUGUAGGACAAGACGCUCCCGCUGAGCGGGACAGUGGUGAUGGCGUUGAUUCUCGAGAACAGGAAAGUGCUGAUGCCCCAGAGGCGAGCGGUGAGGAGGAAGGGGAGGAUGUCGUCGUCGGCGACACGUCUGACGCCCAGGGUGGGGCCCGGGACAGGGACUCGACCUCGACGAAGGAAAAGGAGCAGAGAGAGCUGGCUCCGGCGCCGAGCGCGCAGGAGAUCCAGACCAUGUCGCUGCUGGCCCCCGGGGUGCGCACCCGGCGCCAGCGCCUCGCGCGCAUCGUCAAGGCCAUCACCUUGCAGAAGUACAUGGCGCAGCGCGCGGCCGCGCGCCGUGCCGAAGGAGCGUACGCGGCCAGGGUGGCCGCCGAGGCCAGCGCCAACGUCCAGGCGCUGGGCAAGGCCCGGGGCCGCUGCCUGUGGCGGCUGGCCUCCGUCGUGGUGCUGCGCACGCUGCGCUGGGCCAAGAAGGGCUUCCCCCUGUACGACCGCGACUGGGACGAUCCGCAGGAGGAGGUCGAGGACGACGAGGCCGAGCUGGUCGAGGAUGCCGAGCAGCUGCUCACCUACACGUUCUAUCCGGCGUACUCGAACUGGCGGGGCGACCGCGCGCGCUACAUGUGGGCGCUGUUGCGGGAGGAGGCCAGUAACCUCCACCCCCAGGUGCACUCGUUCGACUCGGGCGACGAGCGCGACGACAUCCCGGCCCUGCGCUGGGUCAAGCUGCGCCUCAUGCUGCCCGAGGUGCUUGAGCUGGGCCGCCGGGGCCGCGAGGGCGAGCUCGGCGAUGACGGAGGCACCAGCGCUCGCGCAAGCGCAGGGGAGGACUCGGGGACGAACCAGAGCGCUGCCACCACGGUGGCUCUCGACGGCACAGACCUUGAACCAGAACCACCACCACCACCCGAACCCGAACCCGAACCUGUUCCCAGGGACAAGGCGGAGGAGGGGCGAGGAGAUGUCCGCGCGCGACCGCCGACGCCGCGGCCGCAGGCCACCCUUCUGGGGAACGACGGAGGUGAUGAGGACGAGGACGAGGAAGACGAGGGCGUGGGCGAGGACGACGACGAAAGGUACCCCAGAGAUCCGGGGCAGAUGACGGAUGACGAGCUCGACGCGCACAUCUCGCGCGGCGACCUGGGCGUCCUGGCCGACCUGGUGCUGAACGGGGAGGGCGACCGCCUACUGAACAAAAACUCGAGCAACCCAGAGGUGCAGAGCUUCCUGGACCACGUGCCGAGUUACAUGGCCAAGAUCCGAGCGGUGCACGACGCUGCGCGGGCCGGCAACCUGCGCGGGCUGCAGGCCGCGCUGGACAGACGCAAGUUCGCCGUGGCGCGCGACCGCCGGUCACAGUCAGCUUGCACGCCCCUGCACCUGGCGGUGCUCCUGGGUCAGACGGCCGUGGUGCGGUACCUGUCCGGACGCUUCCCCGAGACGCUGUCGGCCCGCGACCUCCGAGGCAGGACGGCCCUGCACUACGCCGCCGUGCUUGCCGACAACGCCCACUACUACAACCUGCUGCUUAAUCUUGGUGCCAACCGCGCGCUCAAAGACAAGAGAGGGGCCACGGCAGACUUCUAUCUGCAGAAUCCGAACACGCUGACCCACCGCCAGCUGCUCGCUGACAUCGGCGAGCCGGAGAGCAUCGCGGACGAGAUGUUCAGCGACAAAGACCCAUUGACUAAGGCCGCCCCAAAGCUUGGCACUUUGUUUGGCAGCGAGGAUGGAAGAUAUCUCGCAACAGCGCUGGGAGAACCCCUUCUGCAAGGCCUCAACGAGAUCGCCGACAAGAAGCCACGAGACCCGGUGGGCUACUUGGCAAACUUCCUCUACAACUUCACCGGCACCGAAGUUGCCCCCGAGGCUCCAGGGGAAGCGCAGGUUAUGGCGGCCGUCCUCACCAACGGAUUAGCCGAGCCCGUCGGAAACGAGGACUUUGCCGACAACCAGCGCCCGGACUCCCAGGCGUCCGACGCCGGCCCAAAGCCGUCCGCCUUUAAAGACGGCAACAGGGACGAGUUUGGGCAGUCGCCACUGCACUUCGCGUCGGCCCGGCCGCACGGCCGCGGCGGCCUCCUCCAGUUCAUGUCGGAGGCGGACCUGAACCCCGCGCUGCGCGACGAGCUGUACCGCACCGCCCGCGACGUGGCCAUGCAGGCCGGGCUGCCGGACAACGUGGAGGAGAUCGACCGCUGGGUGCUGUCCGUGGCCGCGCGCGGCCAGACCGACAAGCUGGCCGAGAUGCUGCUGACCGGCUACGACCACAUCCUCAACGCCCGCGAGAGCCCCGAGGUCGGCAUCGUGGACGUGGCCCAGCAGCGCGGCCACACAGAGACGGUCGCCUUCCUGCAGAGCAUCACGGCCUUCGAGGAGCGGCGCGACCGCCUGCUCCGCGCUAUCCGCAUGGGGGGCGCCCAGGGUGCGCAGGAGGUCGCCGAGAUCCUGGAGCCCGCCGACUCGCGGGCCAAGCUGCUGGCCACGGCCAGGAACAACAUGGGGCGCUGCGCGCUGCACGUCGCCGUGCUCUGUCAGCAGGAGCAGCUCGUCGCCUACCUGGCGCACAACUUUGCCGACACGCUGCACGUCGGCGACAACCUGGAGCGUACGGCUCUGCACUACGCCAUGGGGGUCGAGGCCGUGGAGAGCCUGAGCAAGCUCCUUAUCAAGGCGGGCGCUUGGCGCGUACCCAAGGAUCUGAAGGGGCGACAACCGAGCUACUACUUUAUGAACAAGACGGACAUUCAGCACCUGCAAGAGGAAGAAGAAGCUCAAAUGGUCUAAUGAUGGCGUACCUCUCCGUGUCAGUGCAGAAAAGAAACAAACCGUUACAGUACUACACAAGAGAAACUUCGCACCGUAUGAAGCUCGAUGUGCUCGUUAGACGGGGGAUCUAGUUUUAGAUGUUCAUUAUGGUUUACUUUCAAAACCUUAAGCUCACUUUAGUGUCAUUUUCUUUGUCAUUUACUUGUUUGUUUCUAGAGUUGAUCUGAAAGAUUCAGCUCAACUUUUUAACAGGAGACAGCAUCAUGUAAACGUACGAUUGUAAGAUAUGGAUGUAUGAAGAAAAGUGCCAUAAUUUAAAUUCAUAGUGAUAUACAUAUUUUUGCAGACCAAACAUAGUGUGAACGGGAGGUGGUGUGAAUAAUAUGAGAAUAUGUUUGCUCAAGUUGAAUUCUACUAGGUAAACUCAACCAUUUAGACGUCACUGUAAGAAUAGGUACUCUAAAUGUAAAGGGACAAUUUCGUUUCUAAAAGAGGAAUUAACAUUUUCGUGCUCAUCCAGAAAGGAUUAAAUUUUGUUCCUACAACAAGACAAAUUGUGUGCAGCUUUACACAAAUUUGUCCAGUUUUAGAAACAAAAUUGCAUCCGAUCUGGAUGUGCACGAAAACGUUCCCAUUUGAGGAACAAAACUCUCCCUUUACAUUUAUAGUAUGAUGCAUUUUAAUUUGUGGGAGAAGAGGAGGGGAGGAUACUAGAAAUUAUUUAAACAUAUUGUAGAUAUACUAAUAAGUUUACUUUUAAGCAACAUGAAUUAAAAUAGCUACCUGAUCCUUGAUAUAAAUGCAGCUCUACAGCACAA